GGCCCAGCAGGCCUGAGGAGGCGCGCUGAGGCGAGCCCGGGAGCGGGGCGGCGAGGCGCGGGCGGGGGCGGCGCGGCGGGCGGGCCGCGAGGCGGGCGGCUCCGCGGGUCUCCCUCGAGCCCUCUCGGCGCACGCAAGAUGGCGGCCGUGGAGCUGGAGUGGGUGCCCGAGACGCUCUACAACACCGCCAUCUCGGCCGUGGUCGACAGCUACGGCCGGGCGCGCCGCAGGGACAUCCGCUCCUUGCCCGAGAACAUCCAAUUCGACGUGUAUUACAAGCUUUACCAACAAGGACGACUGUGCCAGUUGGGUAGCGAAUUUUGUGAACUAGAAGUUUUUGCGAAGGUUCUUCGAGCUUUAGAUAAGAGACAUCUACUUCAUCACUGUUUUCAGGCAUUGAUGGAUCAUGGAGUAAAGGUUGCCUCAGUCUUGGCCUAUUCAUUCAGUCGGCGGUGUUCCUACAUAGCUGAAUCGGAUGCAGCUGUAAAGGAAAAAGCUAUCCAGAUUGGAUUUGUGUUAGGAGGGUUCCUUUCGGAUGCUGGCUGGUAUAGUGAUGCCGAGAAGGUCUUCCUUUCCUGCCUUCAGUUAUGCACCCUCCAUGAUGAAAUGCUCCAUUGGUUUCGUGCAGUGGAGUGUUGUGUGAGGUUGCUGCAUGUUCGGAAUGGUAAUUGUAAAUACCAUUUGGGAGAAGAGACGUUCAAAUUAGCCCAGUCUUACAUGGAAAAACUGGCAAAGCACGGCCAGCAAGCCAACAAAGCAGCCCUGUACGGAGAGCUGUGCGCUCUGCUGUUUGCAAAGAGCCAUUAUGAUGAGGCCUACAAGUGGUGCAUAGAAGCCAUGAAAGAGAUCACAGUUGGCUUACCAGUAAAAGUAGUCGUGGAUGUUUUACGGCAAGCUUCAAAGGCUUGUGUUGUAAAACGUGAAUUUAAGAAAGCCGAACAGUUGAUAAAACAUGCAGUGUAUCUCGCGCGGGAGCAUUUUGGAGCCAAGCACCCAAAAUACUCAGACACACUACUAGACUAUGGGUUUUAUUUACUCAAUGUAGACAACAUAUGCCAGUCUGUUGCUAUUUACCAGACGGCGCUAGACAUCAGGCAGUCGGUGUUUGGCGGCAAAAACAUCCACGUAGCUACAGCGCAUGAAGAUCUGGCGUACUCUUCUUACGUGCAUCAGUACAGUUCAGGAAAAUUUGAUAACGCGCUAUUCCACGCAGAGCGUGCCAUUGGCAUCAUCACUCACAUUCUCCCUGAAGAUCAUCUUCUCCUGGCCUCUUCCAAGAGAGUUAAAGCACUUAUCUUAGAGGAGAUUGCAAUCGACUGUCACAACAAGGAAACGGAGCAGCGGUUGCUCCAAGAAGCCCACGACUUACACCUGUCCUCUCUCCAGCUUGCUAAAAAAGCCUUUGGGGAGUUCAAUGUGCAGACAGCAAAACACUACGGUAACCUUGGAAGACUUUAUCAGUCGAUGAGGAAAUUUAAGGAAGCAGAAGAAAUGCACAUCAAGGCAAUUCAGAUCAAGGAGCAGCUUCUCGGCCAAGAAGAUUAUGAAGUAGCUCUUUCCGUGGGACACCUUGCCUCGCUGUACAACUAUGACAUGAACCAAUAUGAAAACGCUGAAAAACUUUACUUGAGAUCAAUAGCAAUUGGAAAGAAGCUAUUUGGGGAAGGUUACAGUGGACUAGAAUAUGACUACAGGGGCCUCAUUAAACUGUACAACUCCAUUGGCAAUUAUGAGAAAGUAUUUGAAUACCACAAUAUUUUGGCCAACUGGAACCGGUUGCGGGACCGGCAGUUUUCAGUUACAGAUGCCCUGGAGGAUGUCAGCACCAGCCUGCAGUCCACUGAAGAAGUGGUCCAAUCUUUUCUGAUGUCUCAGACCAUCGAUGGACAGAUUUGCUAAGAAACUUGGUCGAUUUUACCAACUGCUAAUUCCCCCCGCCCCUUGUUUCCCCAAAUUUACACGGGAAAGUCAUACUGUGAAAUCUGAAAACCAUGUAGUUUUUUUUUUUCUUGAGGAGGCUGGAGUCGCAUUGAAAACACUGGUCCAGUCCAUAAAAUCCCCCAGUUUGGGGUGAUCCCAACUUCGGCAGAGUGCCUGUACGGACAGAUGUGUGCUAAAUUCUUACCAGCAUGUUUAUUUUCAGCUUACACAUUUUCAACCUGAUAUUUAAAAAAAAGACAUCCAUGUUGGUUUUUCCUUUUUUUUUCUUUUUUGUUGAAAAGACACUGCUUUACAGGAAAUCUCUGCAAGGAAAGAGAGAAAUAAAACCAUUUAAAUGUCUAAGAGUUGCAUUCUUAAUUGUGAGAGGAAGUGGGCCCUCUGCUCGGCACGUCCGACAAGUCGGAUAACACCAGGUGCUGUUGCUCCUUUUUACACUAAGGUUGUCUUAUUCGGUAUGGAUUUGUCAGAAAACAGAAAUGUUUAAUCGUGGAUAUUCACACACACAAAGGGGAGGGGGGUAAGAUCUGGCGUCUGCCUUUUUUUCUGCCUUACAAGGAAGCAUGGCAACAAACUUCUCCUGGAAGCAGCAUUGGGUUGUGAACUUCGCUAGGCUGCCGACAGACCAACUUGGGCUUUCUACAAGCAUCUGUACUGGACCAGUGAGCAUUGGAAAGUGAUACAACCCAUCUUGGCUUUAUUUGUUGGUAGAGGGGCAGGAGUUGCCACAGAUUUGUGUUUUUUCUGUCGCAGGACCAGGAGAAUUGAAAGUGGACCAGCCUGUCUUUAAGAAAAGCGUGCCGUCUUGGACCAAUGGCUCCAUGUUAUGAUUUCUGCCUCCCUCCUCCUCCCUGCAUUCACUUCUACCCCAGUAGAGUUAUUUCAUCAAGGUGUAUUUCCAGUGAUAAUGAAGACUUUAUAUACGUGUAAUAGGUAACAAAACUAGGAGCUUCAAUGUUCGUUGGCAGUUGCGAUGGCAUGUCUUUUCAAAAUGCUAAAGUUACACAGAUAAACUAGAUGUUAAUGCCAUAAGCAAAAUUUAAAUGCAUUUUAUUUCCUCUUUCUUCCCCCCCCCCCUUUCUGCUCAUUCAAAGCAGGCUCUCUCUAAAAGGCUAUAAUUUGCUUGUGCAAACGCUGGGUUGGAUCCUACCCAUUUGUUCCAUUGGCACUCAUGCGUUCCUCCAGUGUAGUGACCUUUUCGCUGACAAGCACUGGCAGAACCAAGCAGUAGGAUCUAACCCUUAAGACUCUGAUUUUAUUUGAAUUUCUGGAGGUGAAAGUUUAUUGUACAGAUUGCAGGGGUCAAUGAAUAAUGCCAAAAAAGCACAACUGGUCAGUCUCUUUUUUUAAGCUUCCUGUUUUUUUUUUUACUUCCAACAGAACAGCUAGAUCCUGAUUCCUUUAUUAUAUUUUUAAAACAUCUGUCAUAUUUUUUUAAAAAAGAGAUAUAUAACUAUGCCUGGCUCACUAGCUUGUCUUAAUUUUCCAUUGUGUACAUGGUUUGUUUUUAUGCUUUUCUCUUUUUUCUUUGAUCAAGUCUUGGUUUUUUUUCAAAAAUGUGGAGGUAAUAAUAUUUGGAAGACCAAUGUAGCAUAGCCAGCAAGAUGAAUUGGAAAGAUCAACGUUGCUAUUACCUCAGUUCUCGAUACAGAGUCACAGGCAGUGUCUCUGUAUUGAAGGGUGUUGGAGGAGGGGGUGUUCUCCCCUAUUUGGGGGGAGGUUUAGACGUUGGCUCUGAGGAAUGCUCCCUCUGAGCUGAGGCAUAGUCCUCAAAAUUUCUCUACAGGAGCAAAUCUUUACUUUUUUUUUUUUUUUAGUUUAGCGUUUCAAGGGCCCUGUGCGUUGAGUUAGCAGAUGGUGGCUUUGAUAUUUCUCUUAAUCCCUAACUAUAGCAAUAGCUUUGGCUUCUAAUGUGGAACAUGGCAGGCCAAUAGUUUGUGCCUUUUAAAAUGUUUUCCUAGGGAGGAGGGGGUCUUGUGAUACCAGGCUUCAAAUGGAUGCAUUUUGGAUGUGUGGGUUUAGCACUUAGAGGAAUCACUGUAGUUAACGGGUUGCAGAACCGUUCACAGUGGGAAGAUCUUGACAGCUUGCUGUAUGUAAGAGCCAACCUUUCUCUGUGGUGCUUUCUGUGCAGUUUGUGCAGCAUGAGCCUCAAAAGCGUGGGUGGCAUGGAUUCUUAAUGCGUUUCCCAGACACGCACACACCCAGUCAUAUCAAAAUUUAUUGACCUUUAACCUGAAGCGUUCCCAAGAAUAAAACUUGCAUUCAUAACCCCUAAGUACUAAGUCUUCAGUUAGUAGGCUUCACUCAACAAGUGCUCCUUCUAAUGAAUGGCUUUCAGCUUGGCUGUUCAAGUGUAAGCAGCCCGAUCCAAUAUUUGAGGUGGCACCACAAUGAAAUAAAGAGCUUUGAACCUAUAGUUUAGAACAUAAUGGGAGAAAUUGUGGCAUGCAUUAGACAACACAAAGCUUUUAACUUUGUUGGGUUUUGAAGUGAAACAGCAAUGUUAUUUUAUUAGUGUCCCCUGUAACAACGGUUUUUUAAACUAUUAACUCAUUGCAUUUCCACAGUUGCAUUUUUUGAAGUUCUUAAAGCACUUGCGCCUUUAUAAUAAUGCUGGUUAAAUUGCCUUACAAAAUAAAAAAUGGGAUGGAAGGAACUAACAGUAAACUAGUGGAAAAUACUGACUGAAGUAACACGGUAAGAUCUAUAGAGAAAAGAAAGGUUGGCAUCCUUGAUGGGACCUGUUGAAGUCAGUCCAACCUAGGGUGGACGCCUGACUGACUGGAGGCUGCAGGUGUGUGUUUACCUGUUCCCCCUUGUCCCAAAGAGUGAAUGACAGACAAAAUGGGUCGCUGCAUUGACUUGAACAAGAUUGCCUCUCAUUUUAAAACCUCCAUUCUUUCCAGGGGCCAAUCAAGUGGUCCUAAAAUGCUUGUUUGAGCUUUGUGUGGUGCAGCCCAGUUUGUUAAUGGCUUUCUCCCCACAAUCUGAGAAAUCCCAAGAUUCUGUGAAAUACUUGAAUAAGCCUUUCGAGUCGCUAGAAUCUAAAUCAAUAAGAAAUGCGGUGUGUGUCUUAGGCCCUUUGCCCUUCUGGUUUUGUCUCGAUUUACAGCUUAGGGAGAUACCAACAGGUCCACAAGGCCUUUAAAUGUGUUAUUCUGGGGUGCUUCUAAACAUACGCACUGUAGCCAGUGGUAGAGCAAUGCAGUCUCUCAUUCUCCUGUAUAUGAAGGCCAGGAAUCAUCAUCUUCCAAAUCUUGCUAGUAAAAGAGCAUGCGGGCGUACGAAAGUAUUACGCCCUUUCUGUCUACAAGAAUUGAUUGUUCCUGAGCAUUGCAUCUCGUGUUACCCCCAUGUUAUCGUGUGAAGUCAGCAUAUAAACUACUUGAGUCAUGUAUGGGCUUUUUAGUCCAAUGGCAAGUGGUAUUGUAAAACCAGACUUCCUCCCCCCCACCCCCCCACCCCCAGUAACCCUUCAGUGCUCAGGCCUGUCUUCUAAACCAUGUGGACUGUUUUGAUGCCGGCCAGAUCAAUCCAGACAUUGGGAGAAGGGAAGUUGUUUCAUAUUUACUUGUUUGUGCAGGUGCUCUGUCUAGAUUUAACACCUGGUUUUAUCCAGGCUAAUAUACGAAUAAUUUUAUAACAUGAAAGGGAAUCUUUCCAGAUUCUCUUGGAACUGGGUUGCUGGGCACUUUUGCCCCUCUCGACUUCAUACAGGCAGCGUUAAUUAUGUGCGGAAGCAGUCAAAUUUCUGCUUACUGCUGUCCCUACAACUUUAAAAUGACCAAACCAAAUUCCAGUUAUUUGGAACGAUGUCUUUUCUUUUGUCCCCUGGCUCAGGCAGGAUCCUGCUCGUGACUAGACUUGAGCCAAGCCCUUGGUAACUGUGACCUGGCCCUCAAUGUAGUUAUUUAACAAGCCAUGAUGCUUACGUUUUUAUGGGAGAAUGCAAUAUUUGAAUAACUACAUUAGAUUCUCUGUUGUUCCCUGCACAGGAUGAGGUUGAGCACAGUUGAUACCACAGCGUCCCCCCCCCCCCCCCCUAUCCCCUGGCAACAAACAGACCUUUUGAAUUGCUAAUACCUGAACUUUUGAAGAUUGAAAUCUUGGCAACUUGGAUUUUUUUUGGUUAGUUUUGUGCUUGAAAUAUAGACCUCAGAAUGUGUGUGUGUGUGUGAGAGAGAGAGAGACUAAUAUAAGUAACUGGAGAGAGAACAAGUUCAGGACUUGUUUAAAAUCCUGAGCUGCUUGGAAAACAAGGCAGGAUUGGCUAAGUUUUGAGUUUUCAUUUGCCUUUUAAGGCAGAGCUCUCGAUUCUGGGGAUGAGUUUUAUUACUUUGGCAAAGGCUGCCAUGUGCAUAUCAGAAUUUAUUUUGGCUUGUCCCGUAUCACUGGUUUAGUAGCUUCUACUGUCCUUGUGGUUUGGAGAUAAGGGUGUUUAAAGAUUAGUGAUUGAUUAUUAAAAGUGAAAUUGUCCACAUAAAUACACAGAGCUCCUACACAGAGCUCUGUGUGUGACAGAAGGAAGCCGCCAUCUGUCCUCUGCAGUCAGAAACAAAACGCAUCUACCCCUGGUUCAUCCAUCUGCAGGGCAACUGAGGACAGAGAAUGUCCUGUAAUGUAUAAUGUUGACAUUCUAAGUUUGUCACUAGAAUCACUAGUAUAUAGACCUCUCUUGGGUCUUUUAAAAGGCAAAUGCCGUCUUUCUUUGUUUUGCCUUUAACCAGUGAAAAUUUUGCAUGUGCAGAGGAACUUUGUGCUAUCUUAGAGGGGUAUUUUUGGCAUAGAAAUUUCUAUAGAUCGUGGACAACAUUGAAUUUUUAUCAGAGAGAGUUGUUAUAUGUCAGAGACAACCUGGAUAGAAACUUAGUUGCAAUAUGUUCUCUCUGAUUUUUAAUUCAUUCACAAUAUAGACAGGCAGUUUAUAUCCCAAUGACAAACUUUGGGCAGUGAUGUAAUGAGCCUCUGGAAGGACCCGUUUCAUGAAGUUUGCCUCGGUACAAGGUUGUAAAAUGAGCUGUUGCAGUAGAUGGAGCACAUGGCACAGUGGCUGUGAACAAGGGUAGUAUUUCUUCCAUGGUUAGGGGACUGGUAUUACACAACUUGCUUGGUCAGUUGGAAGUCUCCACUUUGCCCAUGAAAGAUCUAGGCCUUCCUUAAGCGCCCCCUCCCAACACACACUUCUUUGCUUUUAAAGUGCUCUCUUAAGUGGCUGCGUGCCUGAGGCCUGCUUCAUGUAUGCAGAGGUAAUGGAACGGGCUGGGCUGCUUCAAAUAGCAUGUGGUGGAUUCCAGCCUAGAAUGUUCUUUUGCAUGAAAAAUUCCCUUCAAAUAGAGAAUUAGCAGAGCAGGUUGGUUUUCUAGUUGCAGGGAAUUUUUUUAACCAUAGGGAAGCACUCUAAAACCUGUGCUAUUUCAGGUUGAAGUUGAAGGAUCAGUCCAUUCUGCCUGGUCUCUGCCGUAACAUUCCCCUGCGCAUGCGAAUCAGACACUAGCAAGAAGGUAAGCAACUCCAGAUGGUUUCUCCAUCUGCUGAACACAGAUUUCGAAGUGCCCUCUUCUACAGAAUCUUCCUACAGUUUGUAGGCAUAUGCAUUAGCAGUAGCGCGGAGCUGACUGGCCAUCCGAAACAGGCUACCAUGUCUUUUUAUAUGACAGAUCUCACACCUGCUUCCUUUUUUCUUCUCUUGUGCAAUUUGGAGUUAGGUGUAAUCCCUACUUACAAUGCUUUGGGGGUUGGGCAAGCUAAAAGUUACACCAAAGAAACAAAGCAGCUCUAAACGAAUUCCUGACACUUGAAUAAUCCUUUCCAUGUUUACAAAUUUUGCUUUGAAAUUGGAUUAAAGUAGAACAGACACUAAGAAAGCAAAACUUGAUCACCCACUUGCCCAACAGACAAAAUCCCUGCUGCAGUCUGUUUUCCUACCAGUAUUAAGUCUUGACAUGCGCCUAUUUAACCAAGACCACAAUCCUAAAUGGACUUGGAAGCAGGUUUUGCUUAAAGUCAGAAUACUUCUGAGUUGAAUCUCAGGCUCUCUGGAGUGAUCCUGAAGCUUUUUCCUACUGAUGGUACAGAAGCCUGUUUUGAAGAGAGCAUCUAUUUUUGGAUUAGCUUCUAAAGACCAGUAAGAACAUCACACAAUGCAGAAAUCAUUCCUGCAACUUAACUCAUAGGAGUGAUGCCGUGCGAGUUGGUACCUGUUGGAUUGCUGCUAUCAGUCGUUCCAUGACAGCUGGCACCCCAAAUGAACUCUGGGUGCUACUAACAUCUACCCAGUUCAGACCUGCUAGAGUUGCUGUGUCUUGCACGGAGUGAUUUCUUUUCCUGGGAAUGAUUCCCAUCUUAGUAAAACGAAGUGUCUCAAAGUGAUACACAACUGGCCCUCCUUUAUAAGCACUGGGCACGAUCCAGCCAAAGCAGAGUGUUUCUAAGACCCACUGAUUUCGAAGUGGAAGAGGUUUAAAAGGUUUUUUUUGAAGUUCAACUAAUGUGGAAGAGAGAGUUAAAUAUGUCCUUGAGUCUCUUCUGUUGAAAGCAAUGAGGCUUAUAAAAUAGCUUAAUUUUUUUUUUUGCUUUUGUUUCCCCAGCAACCCUUUAACAUGGUUAAACACAGUUUAAUUGUGUGACGGAAAAUAGAAGGCGCUUCUCUCUUGGUUUCUCUUUUCCACUCAAUGGUAGACUUUAAUGCAUUGUGCCUAAAACCCGUUUGGUGAAUUAAGUUGUAAUGGAUUGGUGUGGACUGUGAGAUAACAAAAGUCAUUAAUUAACGGUUCCUUAUCCUUGUUGACUGUGUGGCAAUGCUUACAUAUAUAAUACUGUUUUGUGUAGAAGACUCUUUUUUUCUUUAGAAAAGAGAAAUGCAGGUAACGAAAGGGCUCGGUCGUGUUGUAGGCCACCUUGGACUGGCUGUAGAGAAGCCACCUGGUUGGGGAGGAAGGGAGUGGCAAGAAACAUGGCACCCAACCAUCUAUCCAUCUCGCUGUGCAGCUCUUCUCUGAACACCACCUUGAGCCUUGUCUCUGAUGUUAGUUUUGUGGUGCAGUUUACCAGAUGGGCAUAUCUGGAAGGGGAAAACUUGGGUUGGAUACCGUUGGCACAUUUUUGUUUGAUAACACUCCUUCCCUCAUUAACCCAGAUAGAGUGUUUGAGACUAUUAGUUGUGAAUCAGAAUAUUCAGUCUUAUUGCGGAUGUUUGCUUUUUAAAAAAUUAAUCUGGUUUUGUGUCUUUGACACUGUUGGCUUGUUGCACAUUUCACCUCUUGGCCUUUUGGGAGUUCCUCUGCUGAGCGUGUAGGAGUUUUGUUUUUGUUCAUGUUGUGGUGAGGUAGGAAGGGAAGAAAAAAACCUGUGUUGGGGGAGAACGUCUGUGAGGUCAGUAAUGCUUUUGUGCCCCCCUUCCAAACUCAGGAAUGUUUUAGGCAGUGAAAACGGUGUCUCUGUUGGCUAUAUUGGCUCUAUAUCGCAGUGCGCAUUCUAGCAUUCUUGAUAGCAAAAAUGUUCAUUGCAAUCCUAGGUAACUUCUAGCAUGAGAGGCCUUAGUAAGUUGUUUUCAAAAUGCACAUUUCUUUGUUUCAAGACAUUAAAAAGAUUUUAAGAUGGGAAAAUAUAUAUACUAUAUAAAAUAUAUAUAGAAAUCUAGAAACUCGGUUUGUGGCGCACAAGUUUUUUUUUUUCUUCCAGUGUUGGAUCACUAACUUUGCAGGUACCAUGCGUGUAACUUUUAAACAAAAAUUUGGCUUCCCUUUGUAUGUAUAUUCCAUUUAUAGGAAGUUCUGUUGCCAUGGUAAUUUUAAAAAAAGAAAAACUUUUAGAGUUAUUUCUUGGAGGUGAAUGAAUUUCACGUUUUAUCAAAUAUUACCAAUUCAGUACUAUUUUUAAUGCUUUAUGGAAACUAAUAGGGGAUUAAUAUAUAGAUACAUUUUUAACAAAUCUGCAAGAUUGCUGAAGCAAACUGCUGAAAGCGGAACCAGCACCACCUCCCCGUGGCUCUAAAUAUGACCCCCCCCCCCGUCUCAUUUAGUGCCACAGUUAUUUAUAUGAAGGUAUCUCGAUCACUCUUGGCCGUCGUCCUCCUUUCUGUGUCAACCAUAUUUUUUUUUGUAUAUCUGACAUCACACUGGACUGCAGUGCCCAAUUUUAUUCUUUGUAACCAUCAAAAAACCAUACUGAGUAUGUUUGUAACCGACAUUGUGAUACUCUGUAAUUGUAUUGCUAAAAUGAAUUAUUGACCUAAUAAAUAUAGUGUUCCUGCGUU